CGUCAAUAACCCGGCCCCGGCUUUAGAGCGGCCUUCUAGGUCCAGGUUUCGAAGCUCCGCCUUCGCUCCGGUCUUUCUAGAAACGCAGCUUUGCCCUCGGCGGUGCCGGACUGGUACUGCCGGGCCACUGCAGGUGUCCGCGGCGUCCAGACGCGUGUGUGUCCCCCUAUGGCGGAUACAGCUCCGAACGGCCCCCAAGGGGCAGGCGCAGUGCAAUUCAUGAUGACCAAUAAACUGGACACAGCAAUGUGGCUUUCUCGCUUGUUCACAGUUUACUGCUCUGCUUUGUUUGUUCUGCCUCUUCUUGGGUUGCAUGAAGCAGCAAGCUUUUACCAACGUGCUUUGCUGGCAAAUGCUCUUACCAGUGCUCUGAGGCUGCAUCAAAGAUUACCGCACUUCCAGUUAAGCAGAGCAUUCCUGGCCCAAGCUUUGUUGGAGGACAGCUGCCACUACCUGCUGUAUUCACUCAUCUUUGUCAAUUCCUACCCUGUUACAAUGAGUAUUUUUCCAGUCUUGUUAUUCUCUUUGCUUCAUGCCGCGACAUACACAAAAAAGGUUCUUGACGCAAAAGGUUCAAAUAGUUUACCUCUGCUGAGAUCUAUGUUGGAUAAAUUAAGCGCUAAUCAACAGAAUAUUCUGAAAUUCAUUGCUUGUAAUGAAAUACUCUUGAUGCCUGCUACAGUUUUUAUGCUUUUUAGUGGUCAAGGAAGUUUGCUCCAGCCUUUUAUAUACUAUAGAUUCCUUACUCUCCGAUAUUCCUCUCGAAGAAAUCCGUAUUGUCGGACCUUGUUUAAUGAAUUGAGGAUUAUUGUCGAACAUAUAAUAAUGAAACCUGCUUGCCCACUGUUUGUGAGAAGACUCUGUCUCCAGAGCAUCGCCUUUAUAAGCAGAUUGGCACCAACAGUUGCGUAGCAUAAUAUCCAGCUAAGUUAAAUAUAAAUAAGCAUUAGUAGCAGCUGAUACUUCUGCUAGAGAUUGUUAAUUCCAGGUGUGAAACUGACCUCAGUCCAAUUUACAUAAAUUCAUCUUAAUGGAAAAUAACAUUUUCCUGGCAUGUUGAAUCAAGCCUUUAUAAAAAAGUUUCUAAGAAAAUUCUGUGUUGUGUUGUUAAUGGUUAAGGAAGUUUGUAUUUUGUAAUAAAUGUAUCAAAUUUUUUUAGAUGCUGCUGUGCCUUUAUCAUGUAUGUUUAUUUCUCUUGUAACAAUAGCUCUAUAAUUUGUUUCAACCUAAUUGGUAACCUGAAUUUAUUUAUAUCCAUAAACAUGGAAGAUAUAUAAAUAGUUAUAUAAAUAGUUAGCUAUAUAACUAUUUAUACCAUAAUAGUUCAUUAUGGUAACAUUUACAUAUGUGAAUUCAGCAUAUUUUGAGACAGUAUUUUGCCAUUUAUAAAUUUUGGUAGAUGAUUGAAGCCACAUUCCCACUGUAUUUGACUUCAAAUUGUUAUUAAAUUGAUUUUGUGCUGCUUUGUUAGGACAGAUUAAUUUUGGAUGUGCUAUUAUAAGAGGAGUUCAAAAUUUUAUUUCCAUGAAUACUUCUGUAGAUUUGAAUUUUUCUUUUAAAGGCUCAACUGUAAGCUUAUUGGCCAAUGAGAUAAAUAUUUGGAGUCCCCUAGUCAUUAUAUCAGAAAGCAGUAGUCACACAGUUUUAGGAAGUCGUUCUUUUACAGUGUGGACACAUAUGUUACUAGUGUUACUAUAGUUCCUACAUCAAAUUCUUGACUACUGUUUUUCUCAGAUUCUUACGCUUGAAUUUUCAUGAGACAGUUGUAGCAGUUCAGGUACCUUUGAAAGGAUUGUAACUGAAGAUUUAUUAUAUGACUAUACUCACUGUUUCUUCUGAAAUAAUAAUGAAGAUUAUCCUGUACAUUCUUUACCCAUCAAGUUUGAUUGAAAGGUUAAAUGGGAAGGUGUAUAAGUGAGGUAAUUGAUUCGGGGGAAGAACAUACAUUUCCUAUUUCAUGAUGGACAAAUUUGGGGGAAUUGGAUGUAUUGCUGCAGCUGUGAUUUGGGUUGUAUGAUAUGUUAAAUCCUGUUUACUGACCUUCUAUCAACUCUAGAAAGUUUACUUUGAUCUUUAUUGUUGCAUGAUUAGAAAUGUUUAAAACAUUGCAAAAAUUCUAGUACAGAGUAAUGUAAUAGUUUUUGUAACCUGUUCUUUCUGCAUGUAAUUUGGAUUUCUCAAAUACAUUCAUUGGUAACUUAUUAGUAAGAUCAGUUUUCUUUUUGUUCAACUUUUGAUCUGUAGAAAUGUGAUAUCUACUUGAUAGCUCAACCAUAACCAGCUCUUUUUGUAACAUUUUUCUACUCAGAGAAGCAGCCUCAUAAAAUAGUUGAUUGUGUGUGUGUGUGUAUGUGUGUGUGUGUGUGUGUGUGGCUAGCCUCAUUAUUACCAUAUAUGUAAUCUGAUUAUUUUAAGAACUAAAUUUUCUAGAGCAAUAAAGUGACUAUAAUGUUAAGUAAACAGUAUAUUAUUGAUAUCUAAAGAUAUUUUUAAAGUUUAUGUCUUGAAUUAUAUUGAAAUUUUGGCAGUGAAGGCACAUUUUUAAGUUACUAGUUUUUUUGGUUUUGUUUUUACAAAUUUUUAAAUCUCAUGAUAAUUUUAGAUUUAUAGAGGUGACUAAAAAAUUAAUCCUGGAACAACAUUGUUCACUAAAGUACAGACCUAUUCAGAAUUUCACCAGUUUUUACACUUGUUAAUAUUCUUUCUGUGCGCUCUGUUUUACUGUGAUUAUUUAUUAUUUACUUUUAGUGACCUAUAAAUGUGCUUGUAUUUUGAGUUUUUCUUUUUUUACUCUGAAAAUUACUGUUGGCUAAAAAAAUUUCCUAAGGAAAAGAAUUCAUCUGGUCUUUAACAUUUGGACUUUCACAGAUUAAAACACUGUGCUUUAAAAGUCGAGGCUUUUUAUCAAAAACAGGAUUAUAUUUCUGACAUGCUCAUGUUUGGCUGUUCUUUAAAGGAAGGCUUGAUUUAUAAAUGAAAUAUUCCUACACUCAUGAAAAAGUACAUUUUACGAUUUGAACAUUACUAGAUGUUUAGUUUGCAUGAACUUACAGUCACAGACUCUAAUAAGAAUACGUACAACCAGCUGAUACGGCAUCCCAAAUUAUAGUGUAACAUGCAUACCUAUCAGUUAAAAUUAAGGAACUACAAUAGCACUAUAUAGAAUGAAUGUAGUAGGAGAAAAUUAGCAGCAUAGCUGGCUUGCUUAAGCAGGCUUAAAAAAAUGAUUUAACAUCCAGAAUAUCUAAUACUGUAGCAGAUUCUGUUCUUCUACCAUUUUUAGAUAUUACACUUUCUUGGACAGGGGAAGCUUCAUACAAAACUUCCUUUAUCCAGUAGUAAGUGUAUAUUCCAUUUCUAUACUGGAUUCCCCAUGAAUUUAAACUUGAACAUCAUUCCAAAGAGAAAUUUCUUAAAUAACAAUUUGUACUAGUAAAUUUAUUUGGGAUAAAAUUUACCAAGGUAGAUAGAUGGUCCUGGAAGUAAGCAAGAAUGAAAGCUUGCCUUUAAAAAAAUUUGUUUUAGAUAUUUAGGUUAUCUCCCUUACAGGGAAAAUCAAGGCAUGUUAAUAUUAAAACCAGAAGUUACAAAAGAUUUAUGAGGUCUAUUGUAGAACUAAAAUACAGUGCUAUCAGAAUACUUCCUUUCUUCCUGAAAGUCAGGAUCACACAUUCAGAUUAGGUUUGUAGGCUUAGGAUAUAAGUAUUAUUCCUCUUGGAAAGAAAAUGAUUAUAUAUGUAACACGACAAGUGGAACUAACGUAGUUUUUGAAAGUUUGAGAUCAGAAUGAAUAAAAUUAAUUUUGAGGGAUUGUGGUGAAGAUACUUAUCUAAUGCUAAAGAAUUUAAUUUGAUUAAUAUAAUUAUUCUAAAACUUCUUCCCUGCCCAAAAUCCCUUAGGAUCUGCUAGCCUCAAAGCUGUUAACCAGAUUCCAACUAAUUUUGCUACCUAUUCUGGCACAAAAACCUCAGGGGGGAAAGUAACCACCGACAGGUCAGUGUGUUUUGAUCAGUAGGUGGCGCUCUUUCCUCAAGUGGCCCCCCAGUUUCACCUGCAUUGUGGGAAGGUUAAAAAGCCACUAAAAGAGCUGAGUCAGCCAUAAAACUAAGGAUUUUAAUUCCAUGACUUUUUAAAAUAUGUAAUUACUCAAUAUUCAAGUAUUUGGCAAGCAUUUAUUCUGAGUACAUAUUUAGAGUAUUGAAAUGCUCAGAAGCUGGAAAAUGUGUCCUGUUAAUAACAGCUUUCUAGGUAAACAGUAGAAUAGGCUACAGUUGUGAGAGGUAUUAUUAAGAUCAUGUCUCUUUUUCUUCUUACUGUAAGUUUCUACAUCACCCAAGCAAAAUCAGUCAUAAAAUUGUUCUUUUUUCAGGUGUGUAGAAAAACAAUACUUAAAAAUUUUUUCAUGGUUAUUUUGUAUAUACUAGAGGGUAUAGGCAGUUUGACCUCUUAAAAUUUAAACUUUUAUAGAAAUAAAAAUGCAUAUUGAAAUUUUUGGGUAUUAGGAAUGGUACCUAGAUUGGUAAAUUCAGUUUGAGUUGCAGAGACACCUAGUUUCUUUUAAUACCUCGUUGGAAUUUCUCUAGGAUUAGAGUUCUGCAGAGGCUUUAUGGUAGUAUAGCUCAAUAGAGAGUAUACCAAAGCAUGUGUUUAUAUAUCCGGGAGCUUUUUCCAGGGGUUGUUUUAAUGAGCAGUCCUCUUAUAAUAUUCUGGGCAGAAAGUUGUUACGGGAUCUGGAAUUAAGAAAGGAGUAACUAGAAUUUGGGGAGGUGACGACUUGGAAUUGUGAACACACAAAGUAUACAGAUGAUGUAUUACAGAAUUCUAUACCUGAAACUUACAAAAUUUUAUUAACCAGUGUCACCCCAAUAAAUUCAAUAAGAAAUUGAGGGAGGCUUCCUGGUAGUAGUAAUUAUUCUAGGACAUGUGUAUCUUCUAAGGUGACAUCCAAGUGGGUUCUUAAAAGGAACACGUUCCUGUGUGAGGAUCAACUCUCGGAUGGCCUUUCUCCUUCUGUGCAGAGCGAGUAGGAAGACUGACCGGCCUUGACUUUCAGUUGACGUGAGAAGAGAUAAAGUACAGUAUUUUUAAAAAUCUAACGCUGAUUCUUUUUCUUAGAAAGUGAUAGUGAAAAAUUAUUGAUGGGUAUCUUUGCUGGACUCUAAAAUUUAGGCUGCAUUCCAGGAGAAAAAGGCCCCAAGAUCAUUUCACUUUUUCCUUCGUAUCCUUCUGAAGCUACUUUUUUGAUGUGCUCAGUAUUUUUAAACCUUUUUUUCCCUCUUGGUUCAUGACACUUUAAUUCUAAACUUUGACUUUUUUUUUACCUUAAAGUAAAAAAUUGCUUCUGACAUACAUUUUUGCUUACAUCAGUUGAGACCAAAUGGGCAAAGUCUUGGGCAGGUGACAUUUGUGAUGUGUUACAUUGGAACGGGUGUACAAGGGUCGCAAGGAUUAGAGUCAUAAAAAACUGCUUGAUUUAUAAAUGCAUUUUUCUGGUGCUCUAUAUAAUGGGAUAUAUUGAACUAAAAAAUUUGUAUAUACAGUAUGUCAGCAUUUCUUAGUAACUUCUCGUGAAUCCAUUUUUAAUAUCUAAUAUUGUACAGGUUGGGGAGUUACACUCUUCAGGCCAAUACCAUCCAGACUAUAUAAAUUUAUAAAAUAAAUUGAAAAAUUCAUCAUUCCCCUGUAUUCAAGACCAGAGCACAUAAAUGCUAAUGUAAGGCUCAGAGGGAAAAUACAUUUCUCCUCAAUAUUUGAGAAAAUGUGAAGUCCUUUCAAGAAAAUCUAAUAAGCAUAGUAAUCAUAGCCUGCUGACACUAAGGAAAAAGGACCUCAUUUGCUCUUUCUUUUAUGCAGCGAUUUACUGGUCCCUACUGAUUUCCAAAUUGGAUCACUGUAGUAAAUUAUCUGUGCUGGUACCUGUGAAAGUAAGCCCUGGGAUCCAUAUUUGUUUUGUGUUCUGCUUAAAUCAGCAAGAAUGAUAAAUUUGAUGGUGUGAAAUUGGACGUGUCAAGGGCUUUCUUUGGUAAUUGACCAAAAUAAUGUCUCCACUUGUAACUUACUGGGCCCCUCUUUCACUGUAUGUGCUUUGUGUAUCUAAUAUUUAUUUCGGUACAAAUUAAAUUGUUGUUCCUUCAUCUGUAUUGUUAUAGCUAAGAUUUUAUUGAUGUAAAAAUCAAAUUCUGUAAUAAAAACCUCUCUGGAUUUAA